CAUGCUAAUAAGCCGGGACUUGGGAAUUGAUCCUGAUUUGCAAUGCAGAAGGCGCAGCUCUGGCUCUGCCCACCCUGGGGGUGGCAAGAAGGGAAACGCCUUUCCCUCGCUUGGAGGAAAAUGAAAGCAGCCGCUGUCUUGCAGCUCACGUCGAGGGCCCCAUGGCUGCGCCGAGCCCCACCGCGGAGCUCCCCAGCGAAGCCUCCUGCCCCAUCUGCCUGGAGUAUUUCCGAGACCCCGUCUCCAUCCACUGCGGUCAUAACUUCUGCCGGGCGUGCAUCACCCGCUGCUGGGAGUGGUCUACGGCGAAUUUCUCCUGCCCGCAGUGCCGGGAGACGGCACCGGAGAGAAACUUUCGGCCCAGCCGAGAGCUGGCACGGGUGCUCGAAAUAGCCAAGCGGUUGAGUUUGCAGGCAGCCAGAGGGGAGACGGUUGAGGAGGAAGGAUGCGAGAGGCACCGGGAGCCUCUGAAAGUCUUCUGCAAAGAUGAUGAAGCCUUCAUCUGCGUGAUCUGCCGGGAGUCCCGAGCUCACCGGGCUCACACGAUGCUUCCCGUGCAGGAUGCUGUCCAGGAAUACAAGGGACAAAUCCAGGCUCAUCUGCAAGCCCUGAAGGAAGACAGAGACAAACUCCUGGGGUUUCGAGAGGUUGAAAUGAGGAGAAGCUGGGAGUACUUGGAGAAGACCGAAGCCGAGCGGCAGAGGGUCUUCUCCAAGUUUGAAGGGUUGCGUCUCUUCCUGGAGGACCAUGCCCGUCAUCUGCUGGCUCAAGUGGGGGACCUGGAGAGGGACAUUGAGAAAAUGCAGGAAGAAAACAUUACGAGUCUGACGAAGGAGAUCUCUCGUCUGGAUACCUUGAUCCAGGAGAUGGAGGAGAAGUGUCAGCAACCAGCAAGCAAAUUUCUGCAGGACAUCAGAGGCACCUUGAGCAGGUUUGAAAAGGAAAAUUUCCAGCAGCCUCCAUUGCUUCUUCCAGAGCUGGAAAAGAAAAUCAGUCACUUCAGGGAGAAAAAUAUGGCUCUAGAGGAGACUCUGAGGAGCUUCCAAGGUAUUGAGCAUGGGCUGGGGACAUGGAGCAAUACCUGUGGGAGCAUAAAUUAUAUUUAUUUAGAAUAUAAAUUAUAUUUUAUUGCAUUUAUAUAUGUGGUCUCAGCAUGGCAGAACAACCUCUCUGUUUUCAUGUUCACACUGAUGUUAUAUCAGAUAAUGUCUCUUCUCCCCUCUUUAGACAUCCUGAUGUUUGAGCUGCCUGAAAAGAUGAAGGUAACCCUGGAUCCAUCCACGGCUCACCCCCAGCUCGUCGUGUCUGUGGACGGGAAGAGCGUGAGGUGGGAAGAUGCCCAGCAGGACCCAUCCGCUGAGGGGUUUGGCACCGAUCCCUGCGUGCUGGGCUGCGAGGGCAUCACCUCGGGGAGAUGCUGCUGGGAGGUGGAGGUGACACCCAAAGGCUCCUGGGCGGUGGGGGUGGCCAGGGAGUCCCUGAAGAGGAGGACAGAGACUGCUGUGAGCCCGGAGAUGGAGCUCUGGUCUAUGGGUCUCUGUGAGGGUCAGUUUUGGGCUCUCACCUCCCUUGAGCGUAUCCCGCUAUACCAGAUCCAGGUCCCCAGAAGGGUCCGGGUCUCCCUGGACUAUGAGAAGGGUCAGGUGGCAUUUUUUGAUGCUGAUAAGAGAGCCCUGAUCUUCACUUUUGCAGCAGCUUCAUUUAAAGGGGAGAGUAUUCAUCCCUGGUUCCUGGUGUGGAGCAAGGGCUCCCAGAUCACAUUGUGUCCCUGAAGCUGUCCCUUCUUACCCAAACGCAAGCUUUAUGUCCCAAACAUCCCCAUUUCCAGCACUUUGGAGAACUUCUGUCUACUAAAUUCCUAGUUGGCCUUUCUGGCCUCUCUUCCCAACCUCAGUGAUCCCUAAUGGUUGAGCACCUCUGUGGGUCAGCAUCCCAAAUGGUCAUCCCCAAACUGGGACAUCAGUGGCUGACAAAUGGAACUACGUGUGCCCCACAGCAUC